UCUUAUCGCUGAAUCUACAAAAAAAAAUAGAAAGGAGUAAAACAAGUUUCGGACCAAUCGUGUAGCAAUUUCAGUCUAUAACUGUAGCUCGGUGCGCAGAAAUUUCGUGAAGCUCGCUUCUGACACAGCUCUAUACUCUAUGCUAACAUUUUUUGUCACAGCUGGUUAACGACAGCGAAACAUCAUGACGGACAGUGAUAAGAAACCGAUGUCACGCUUAUUGAAGCUCGCUAAUAAAUUUAAUUGCUUCUACCUGUCAGGUUUCCAUGCAGGUGAAUGCAGGGCUUUUGUUGUCGAUGGACAACAAGUUGGCCUUGUACGUCCAGAUGUUAUGAAAGAACUGUUAAAUUAUCCUCAGGUAUUUCAAGUACACCCUGAAUAUGUGCAACUAAAUCCAGCAUUUCGAGACUAUGCAGAGAGAAGUGCUCGUGUUGAAGAAGUUUUAAGAGAAUGGCGUGCAGGUGAGAAAUUUGUAACUCUCAGAGGAUGGCGGGAAGAAUGUUACGAAGUACGUGCACAGUUCAACACUCCACCAUUAUUCAAAAUGGAUAGAUCUGCCACAUGCUUAUUUGGAAUUCGUAAAUAUGGGGUAGAUAUUAAUGGAUAUGUUAUGGAUCCUGUGAAAGGGUUAUCAAUAUGGUUACAAAAACGUAGUCCAAACAAGCAGACUUGGCCUGGAUAUUGGGAUAAUAUGGUGAGCGGUGGAUUAAGUGUUGGUUAUGGAAUUAAUGAAACUGCAAUAAAAGAGGCUGGAGAAGAAGCCAGUAUUCCCAAUAAUUUAAUUGCUAAAUUGAAAAGUGUUGGUUGCGUGUCUCUGUUUUUUGAAAGUGAAAGAGGAUUGUUUCCCAAUACAGAAUUUGUAUACGACCUUGAGCUACCACCAGAUUUUAUACCAAGUAAUAAUGAUGGAGAAGUAGAAACUUUUGAAUUGCUUCCAGUUAAUGAAUGUGUAGAAAGGAUAUUAUCUUCACAUUUCAAAACAACAUCUGUACCAGUUGCUCUUGACUUUUUAAUUAGACAUGGAUACAUUACAGCAGAAAAUGAGCCUAAUUUUAUAGAAAUUGUGGAAUUGCUUCAUGUACCUCUGCAAACAAUGUACAAUCAAUCGCAGAAAAAAUGUAAAAUAGCUUCAAAUGGUGAAAGGAUUGAAUCUUUAGACAGAAUUUAAGUUGAACUAGUCUUUAAUCUUAAAUCGUGUUGGAAUUAAUUGAAUUGAACAAAGUUAAAUUUUUUUCAUAGUUUUCUUGUAUUUAGUCAAUUCUUCACAGAUUUUAUAGUAAUAUGGUACAGUUUUAUACUUCGUAAGACUUGUAAGAUAAAUUACUAAAUAAUUACUAAAUAAUGGUUGAAAUAUUUCAAGAACUAGUUUCGAUUUUUCGUACGAAAAUUUUAAUUAAUUUUUAAUUCUGCUAUAGAUGCAAGAAUAGGUAACUUCAAGUUCUAUGUUAAUCUUUCAUUUUGUUCCAAUUCAGGUAGAUUUCAUGUAACGAUGAAAGUAUUCAGUAGAUACGAUUUUUGGAUAAAUAUUAUACCAAGAAUGUUUCAAGAAACAGACAUAGUUAUCGUUUGCUUAACAAUUUUAUAAAUGACGAUGUGCACUUUAAUUUAUUAACCCCACGAAUUCAUUGAUAUUAAAGUUGUUAAAUUGGUAAAUCCUGUAAAAAUAAUGAUGUAUUCUUUAAAUAACUUUAAACGACUUCAAUUUAUAUGACGUUUUAACGUUUUUUAAAUUUAAAUUGUACUUCCUUUUUAAUUCUUAUCAAACAUUGAACUGAAUUUUGCACAAUAAUCGAAAGAAACGUAUCCACGCGGAACGACUUUUGAUAUACAUCGAUGUCAAAUUAGAAGUAUUAUUGAUACAGCAUUCCAGAGUAUAGGUUUACUACUAAGAUUUCAGUUUUAAGCGAAGGUGAAAAAAAUAACAAUAGUUUUUUCUAACGUUUGUAAUCGAACUUUUGUACUAAACUUGUACACUUAACAACGAAGUGUGUAGUACCACUGCAGUAAUAUCCUAAUAUUCUGCGUAGGAUUAAGAUGAAAAUCUCAUUCACAGUAUUAUGGACGUGAAUGCACAGUAUACUGUUUGAUAUGUUUAAAAAAAAAAAGACAAAAACAAAUUUAUAGACGAAUUUAUGUCAACGUAUGUGUUCUAUAAUCCAGCUAUUGCUACCAAUGAAGAAUGCUUCGACCUGGCAUUUUCACUUGAUGACUUUUGCGAGGAAGGGAACAAGUGUUCGUAUUGUUUAUUAUAUGUGAUGUAGGUAGAUUUUUUAAUUAAAAAAUAAUGAUUGAUACCGCAGUCUUAAUCAAGUGAUAUCAUCAAAUUGCAAAGGUGGUGAUUGUAUAAACAAGACACAAAUUUUUUGUGUCUGUUAAUUUUUCCAACAAAUUGUUUUGAGAUCUUUUAAUUUCAUAUUUAUUUUGCUUAUUCUGUGUUUCUUUAUAUGUAAUUAAUUCCUCCGUUAUUUAUCAGUUUCUCUGAUGUUACAUAAAAAUAUUUUACUUCUUUUUAAGAGUUCACAAUUGUUAAAUAUUUAUACAAAUCUUUAUAUUUACACAAUGCUUUGUAUUGCUUACGUUGUAUAUGCCUUUCAGCGAAAUAACUUUUUUUCUAGUAUUAAUCAAGUUUCUGUAAGGUGAAGAGCGUUAGAUGUGUUGGAUUCAAGGUAUCAAAGCUGUUAACUUAGUCUGUUAUAGAUUCAACGUUAUAAUCAUUAUAAUUGAAAUGUGCAUUGUGAAUAAGGCACUGUGAACGUUUUUACAGAACUUUUCAUGUUUCUACCGGAACUAGAGUAUUUAUGAUAGCAUAUCUCAUUAACGUAAACGCUUUUUUCAUUGCUACUUCCUUUCAUUUCAUGUAUGAAUCAUAAGUCGGAUCAAAGCAGCCUAAAUAUAUUCUAACAUUAUUUAGUUUUAUUUGAACUAACACACCAAGCGUUAAAUAGGUUUACUACUUUUAUAAUACAAGAUUGUAAUUUAAUACUAGUCAUACUCGUCGCCUUAUUUUUUAAUUUUAAUCUGGUCAAUCAAAUUUAGUAUCUACGAUAUGAUUAUUUUAAGCAAUAAACUAACAAUUUCAUGAUGUAACUGUUUUGUGAUAGUAAUGGAUAAGGCUGGUCAUACUGUUUAAUGCAUGGAUUAAUAUUGUCAACGAAUAAAUUUAAUCAAAUUUACAAUGUCAUCAUUUGUGCUAAUGAUACCUUGGCAAGUAUCAUUCUGUUCGACUCAUAAAUUAUUUAUUAUAUGAUCAGUAUAUAAAUACUAUAGUUUUUAUGUUUCUAUUUUAACAAAACUAACAGAGAAAAUUUUCCAUGAAUAUUUUCCAUAUACUGUAUAAAUGUUGUACUUAAUUUUUCAUGGUUGUUUACAGACAUUGAAUUAUUGUGUAUUCUUUACUGUACAAUAUUAUUAUAUAAUCAUUGAACAAAACAAGAGACGUAUCAGUUGCAAAGAUGUAUUAACCCAAUAAAUAAAGUUCAGAUGC